AUGGACGAGGUGACCAAACUACUGCAGGAUCUGAUCCUGAAGGUCGAUCAGCAGGGCAAAACAAUUGAUGAACUGGCAACGAGAAUUCGGCGAAUUGAUGAGAAACUCGCUGCUCAAGAUGCCCGGAUCGCCGCUCAAGAUGCCCGGAUCGCGACGCUCGAGGCCAAGGAAGCUCUCCUCAAUCUUGGAGAUUCCAUGUCCACGCUUGUGAACCACGUUCUGAAAGAAGCGUUUCCCGAUCGUGCUGCUCGUCGAAAUGCCUUCGAUGCCUGUGACGAAAACUUUUCGCGCUACGGGCGCUACUCUCCCGCUUUAUUGUCGAACGGCCGUCUGGCUGAAGUUUCGAACACGGUCAGGGACGAUGAUGACGAGGAAAUCAAGCAACUGAAGAGGUACUUUACAACAACCAAGUGGUCUUUCCGCAGCUUCAUGGUCGCAUCUUGGCUUCGCAGUCAGCGCCACUCAGUCGCGUACUCUGGCGCUGACAUGACUCCCGAUGAGCUCAAGGCUUAUAUGACCAAGCUGCCGGAAGCAUACGCUCGGUAUGCACAAGAGGAUCUCGACCUCAUCAGCACGCUGGCCGGGCUCAUCCACUGA